GCUGACAAUUGUGAUCCGCGCACAACGAUUCAUGCGCAUUAUGUGUCCCAGGCAGCUUUUCCUCUUCUUGUCGCUGGCAGUCUGCCAGGAAGGAUUCCUUCAUAGCGGCUCCAAACCUGCUGCUGCUAUGUCAGCAACACUUACGACAGGGCAGAAAAAAAUGCGUAGCAUUGAUGAAGUUCUGGAGCCAUACACUUUGUGUGUGAAUAUUUUUGGAAGGACAUUCGCAGACACUGCUACAAUAUUAUAUGUUCUCCACGGCAUAAAACUGCAAUAUGGUGGCUGGAAACUGAAUAUAUCACUCAUUGGUUCAAAGAGUAUCACAGAAGAGGAAAUGUCUAGUAAGAUUGCGACGGUAUACGGCUUGUGCAGGACGCUGGAAAUGUGCCUGAAGGAAGACAGUUUGCAGUACUGGGAAUCGAUUUGCAUAAGAUCGGCUAAUAUACUGAAAGAGAUCGGAGAAGUAGCUGUAGACAAUGAUAUCCAUGGAACACUUCGAUUGUUAAAUGAACAGUCUUCAGGUACCAGCAACUCCACGAGAUCCAUCCAUGACGUACAGCUUGCAGAAAUACUUCCUCCCAAAACAAACUGUCUCUGGUCAAUCUCAGUUUUGCUACUGUCUUACAGUAUUAAUGUACUUCUGAUAACCAUAACAUUGGAAAUGGGCAGGCGUUUUCUCCCAUUAAGUUAUGUUAUAUUAUCGGUAUCCUGUCUAUAUUUGUUAAUUAUUUACAAUUACUGCAUUAAUAAUGAUUCAGAGAUGAUUCUUCUUAAGAAAUAACUGACACAUAGAGAAGUAAUUUUGUAAUAGUCUCAAAAAUUAGAACAUUGCACGGCACAUACUUCACCAUAUUAUCUGUAAAUUUAAUGUAAUUGGUAACGGAGUGUAUGCCGCUAUUGAAAUACUUGCAGAGUGUGAGGUAUGAAUGGCUUAUAGCCUUCAGGAAGAUGAUUUGCAGAAUUUUGUGAAUUGUUUAAUUCCAGUAGCCUAAGUUAAAGUUUAUUCAAAUGCAGUUGUUUAUGUUUCAGUUAGUGGUUUAAUGUGUUUUGCUUUUGAGCAUUCUUAUAAAAAUAAUCCAACGAAAUCAUGUAAACUCACCUAUUUAUACAUAAGUAAAAU